AUGGCGAUGAACCUGCCUCCCAUCGGUGGGAGCGGCGGAGGCGCUCACACUCAACCUUCUCUACCCUCGCUACCCGCACAUUCACAAUCAGACACGCAGUUGACGGCACACUUGGCCAGUCGUUUCCAUGUGUCGCUGCCGACCGCUCGCCUCUCGUCCCACGCCCUCAUCUCUCUCAACACCUACACGUCUUCCUCAAAGGGUCCCGAUGGCGGCAAGGAGGGAAGCGCCAUGGGCGGUGCCGAGGAUAUUGCAGACCGGGCCUGGAUCAGAUUAGGACACAGAUCGGAGAACCAAUCCGUCGUCUUCCUGGGUGAAUCCGGCUCCGGAAAGUCAACCAUUCGAUCCCACUUCCUGACCGCGUUCCUCGGCAAGUCUUCCACGCCCCUUUCGACCAAGGUCUCUCUGGCCGCCUACGUCUUUGAUACCUUGACGACGACCAAGACCGCCACUACACCCACAGCUUCCAAGGCCGGUUUGUUCUACGAGCUGCAGUAUGACACGGCCACCACGACCAACCCCGUCCUGAUUGGUGCCAAGCUCCUCGACCACAGACUCGAGCGUAGCCGUAUCACGGAUAUCCCGACGGGAGAGCGCAACUUUCAUGUUUUGUACUACCUGAUGUCCGGCACCAGCGCGGCCGAGAAGGCCCAUCUCGGUUUCGAGACGCCAUCCGGCGGUCCUCAGAAGAGGUGGAAGUACCUGGGUCACCCCACCCAGCUCAAGGUCGGCAUCAACGACACGGAGGGUUUCCAGGUUUUCAAGAAUGCCCUCAAGAAGCUCGAGUUCCCUCGCAGCGAGAUUGCCGAGAUCUGCCAGGUCCUGGCCACGAUUCUGCACAUUGGCCAGCUCGAGUUCGAGACGACAUCGGACACGCAAGCCCAAGGUGACGACAGCGGCGGCUUCUCCCACGAGGGUGCCCAGACUGUCACGGCCGUCAAGAACAAGGAUGUGCUCACCAUUGUGGCCGCCUUCUUGGGCGUCAGCUCCCAGGAUCUGCAGACCACCCUCUCGUACAAGACCAAGAUGAUUCACAAGGAGAGAGUCACCGUCAUGCUGGACCCCGUCGGCGCCCGCUCGCACGCCAACGAGCUAGCCCGCACUCUGUACUCGCUCUUGGUUGCCUACAUUGUCGAGUCCAUCAACCAGAGAAUUUGCGCGCCCGAUGACAGUGUGGCCAACACCAUUUCCAUUAUCGAUUUCCCCGGCUUCGCCCAGCAAGCGUCCACCCACUCGGCGCUCGACCAGCUGCUCAACAACGCCGCCUGCGAGGCCCUCUACAACCUCACCCUGCAAAACUUCUUCGACCGUAAGGCAGACAUGCUGGAGAACGAAGAGGUCAGCGUGGCGGCCACGAGCUACUUUGACAACUCGGACGCCGUCAGGGGUCUGCUCAAGCCUGGAAACGGCUUGCUCAGCAUCCUGGACGACCAGACGCGCAGAAACCGCACCGACGUGCAAUUCCUCGAGAGUCUGCGCAAGCGCUUCGAGGGCAAGAACCCGGCCAUCACCCCCGGCUCCGCCAACACUAGACUGCCCGGAAGCAACUUCUACACCGAGAACACCAACGCCCUCUUCACCGUCAAGCACUUUGCCGGCGAGGUCGACUACCCCGUCAAGGACAUCAUCGAGGAGAACGGCGAGGUCAUUUCCGGCGACUUGCUCAACAUGAUCAACUCGACCAAGAGCGAGUUCGUCGCCCGGCUCUUUGGCCAGGAGGCCCUCAAGACCGUCACCCACCCCAAGGAGCGGUCGACGGUCAUGCAGGCCACCAUCAGCUCCAAGCCUACGAGAGCGCCCAGUGUCAUGUCCCGCAAGACCACCAGGACCGCUCGCAACCAGCGCAGGAUCCAGCAGUAUGAGCAGCAGCAGGAGGAGGCUGCACAGGACGAGCUGGACAGACUCAGCGAGGGCAACUCGCAGUCUGGAGGCAACAAGCUGCAGGCUUCCGAGCAGGGCGCCUCUGGUCAAUUCCUCGCGUCUCUCGACAACGUCACCAAGUCUGUUGCCGACCCCAGCAGCAACUCCUACUUUGUCUUCUGCCUGAAGCCCAAUGACAGACGCAUUGCCAACCAGUUUGACAGCAAGUGCGUCCGCACUCAAGUGCAGACGUUUGGUAUUGCCGAAAUCAGCCAGCGCCUGCGUUCGGCGGAUUUCAGUCUGUUCCUCCCCUUUGGCGAGUUCCUCGGUCUCGCCGACUCCGAUACCAUCCUCGUCGGCACCGAGAGGGAGCGCGUCGAGCUCGUGGUCGAAGACAGGCACUGGCCAGCCAACGAGGUCAGGAUCGGAUCGACCGGUGUCUUCCUCAGCGAGAGAUGCUGGAUGGAGGUUGCCCAGCUGUCGGAUGGCGCCUCUGCCACUGGCCGCUACGCCCUGCCGUCCGACAACGGCGACGGCAUGACUCCCCAGGACACCCCCUUUGCCGCCUCCAAGGAGCGUCUGCUCUCCGCCGGAGGCACUCCCCUCCUGUACGGCGAGAAGGGCAAGAAUGGCUACUUUGGCGGCCAGGACGGAUCCGAUGCCCGAUCGGAAGCCGGCGUGUCCGCGUUUGGCGGUGGUGACAUGUUCAAGAACCUCGACACCCGAGAGCAGAUGGCUGAGCGCGGCAACGAGAAGAACCUCGAGGAGGUUGAGGAGUUCAAGGACAGCCCCAGCCGUAAGCGAUGGGUGUUCAUGGUCUACCUUAUGACCUGGUUCGUCCCGGACAUUGCCAUCCGCAAGAUGGGCCGCAUGCCCCGCAAGGACAUUCGCGUGGCAUGGAGAGAAAAGUUCGCCAUCAACAUGCUCAUCUGGCUCUUCUGUCUCUUUGCCGCCUUCUUCAUCAUGCUAUUCCCUAAGGUCAUUUGCCCUACCCAACACGUCUACAGCGCCGAGGAACUGUCCUCCAACGACGGCGUGGACGAUGCCUCGGCCUACGUCGCCAUUCGCGGCGUGGUCGUUGACCUGGGCGCCUACGCUCCUCGCCACUACCCGCCGUACGUUACCAACAAGCAGCUCAAGGCCUACGCCGGCAAGGACAUCAGCACUCUGUUCCCCGUCCAGGUCAACGCCCUGUGCCAGGGCAAGGACGGCUCCGUCGAUCCCCACGUCACGCUGGACUACCGCAACACCAACCUGACGGGCUCCGCGCAGCUCACGACGACCGACCUCAACUUCAAGUACCACGACUUCCGCUACUUUACCAACGACAGCCGUCCCGAUUGGUACUACGAGCAAAUGAUUAUGCUCAAGUCCAACUACAAGAAGGGAACCGUCGGAUACUCGCCCCAGUACGUCAAGACGCUCGCCAACAAACAGCAAAACAUUGCCUACAUGGGCGGCCGCGUGUACGACCUGACUCAGUACAUGAAUGGUGGUCUCAAGAUGCAAGCCAAGGCGGGCGAGUCGGUUCCCGACGACUCCUCCCUCACCAGCUUCAUGGACGACGCCGUCGUGCAGCUGUUCCAGGGCAAGUCGGGUACCGAUCUCACGGACCUUUGGGAGAAGCUGUCCCUCGACACCGCCGCCAAGAAGCGCAUGAAGACGUGCCUCGACAACUUGUUUUACGUAGGUGACGUUGACACGCGUAACUCGGUCCGCUGCCAGUUUGCCGAGUAUCUCGUCCUUGUCAUCUCCAUUAUCCUCUGCGCCAUUAUCGGUUUCAAGUUCCUGGCCGCGCUGCAAUUCAGCGGCAAGAACGUGCCGGAGAACCUCGACAAGUUUGUCAUGUGCCAGAUUCCCGCCUACACGGAAGACGAGGAUGCUCUUCGCCGUGCCAUUGAUUCCGUGGCGAGAAUGCACUACGACGAUAAGCGCAAGCUCCUCGUUGUCAUCUGCGACGGUAUGAUUAUCGGUCAGGGUAACGACAAGCCGACGCCGCGCAUCGUGCUCGACAUUUUGGGCGUAUCUGAUACCGUCGAUCCUGAGCCCCUCAGCUUCGAGUCUCUCGGCGAAGGUCAGAAGCAGCACAACAUGGGCAAGAUCUACUCGGGUCUGUACGAAGUCCAGGGCCACAUUGUUCCAUUCAUGGUUGUCGUCAAGAUUGGCAAGCCGUCCGAGGUGUCCCGCCCCGGUAACCGUGGCAAGCGUGAUUCUCAAAUGGUCCUUAUGCGUUUCCUCAACCGCGUCCACUACAACCUGGCAAUGAGCCCUCUCGAGCUCGAAAUGUACCACCAAAUCCGCAACAUUAUCGGUGUCAACCCGACAUUCUACGAGUUCAUGUUCCAGAUCGAUGCCGAUACCGUCGUCGCACCCGAUUCCGCCACCCGCAUGGUCGCCGCCUUUUUGAACGACACCCGUCUCAUUGCCGUGUGCGGUGAGACGGCGCUGACCAACGCAAAGGCCUCGUUCGUCACCAUGAUUCAGGUCUACGAGUACUGGAUUUCUCACAACUUGACAAAGGCCUUUGAGAGUCUGUUUGGCAGCGUCACCUGUCUGCCCGGUUGUUUCUCCAUGUACCGCAUCCGCGCUUCCGAGAGUGGAAAGCCCCUGUUUGUCAGCCGCGAAGUCGUCGAAGCCUACUCAACCAUCCGUGUCGACACGCUGCACAUGAAGAACCUGCUCCACCUCGGUGAGGAUCGAUACCUGACGACGCUGCUGCUCAAGUUCCACAACUCGUACAAGACAAAGUACACCAACAGAGCCCACGCCUACACCAUUGCGCCCGACUCCUGGUCCGUCUUCCUCUCGCAGAGACGUCGCUGGAUCAACUCGACCGUCCACAACCUCAUGGAGCUCAUUCCCAUGUCCCAGCUCUGCGGUUUCUGCUGUUUCUCCAUGCGUUUCAUCGUGUUUGUCGACUUGCUGUCCACCGUCGUCCAGCCCGUCGUCGUCGCCUACAUCAUCUACCUGGUUGUUACGGUCGCCAUGAACCCCAGCACGGUACCCGUCACGGCUUUCGUCAUGCUUGGUGCCAUUUACGGUCUGCAGGCCAUCAUCUUCAUCGUUCGCCGCAAGUGGGAGAUGAUUGGUUGGAUGAUUCUGUAUAUCCUCGCCAUUCCCGUCUUCAGUUUCGCCCUGCCUCUGUACGCCUUCUGGCACAUGGACGACUUCAACUGGGGUAACACCCGUGUCAUUGCCGGCGAGGCUGGCAAGAAGAUUGUCAUCUCCGACGAGGGCAAGUUCGAUCCCUCCGUCAUCCCCAAGAAGAAGUGGGAGGAGUAUCAGGCCGAGCUCUGGGACGCCCAGACGGUCAAGGAGGACGCCCGCUCCGAGGUGUCUGGCUACAGCUACGCCACCAAGGGCCAGGUCCCCGUCUCCGAGUACGGCUACCACAGCCGCCCUGGCUCCAUUGCCGGCGGCUACGCACCCCCGAGAGCCCCCGGCAUGGGCUACGAGCAGCGCAACCACUCGCGCAUGUCUCUCGCCGCCUCGGAUGCUGGCGGCAACCGCAACAGCCAGUUUGGCGGUUCGCAGUUCUUCUCCCCCGAGGACAUGGUUGGCCUGCCUAGCGACGACGCCCUCCUGGCCGAGAUCCGCGAGAUAUUGCGCACGGCCGACCUGAUGACCGUCACGAAGAAGGGUAUCAAGCAGGAGCUGGAGCGCCGCUUCGGCGUUCCCCUCGAUGCCAAGCGCCAGUACAUCAACAGUGCAACCGAGGCACUCUUGUCUGGCCAAUUGUGA